AAAUUAAGAUCAUAUGAAUGAGACCCGCUCUCCAUUUCCAUCCUCUACGAUUUUCUCCUUUCAAAACCUCAAUCCGAAGCUUCUCUUUCCUCACUCUAAAGCCUCGCACUCAACAUUUCUCUUCUUCAAUCUCAUACCCAAAACCGAAAUGGAACUCCAACGCCACUCUGUUGAUCACAAAUCCAGUUCUUCAUAUGAUCGAAUCCUGCAAUUCGAUGCUACAUUUGAAGCAAAUCCAAGGUCACAUGACAAUAACAGGCCUCAUCUUUCAUCUCUUCCCGGUAAGCCGCGUAUUAACUUUCUGCGCUCUCUCUGAAACUGGAGAUAUACACCACGCAAUACGUCUCUUUUCGCAGAUUUCUAAACCCAAUGUUUAUAUGUGGAAUACAAUGAUCAGAGGCUACACAAGAGUUAAUCUUCCCGAACUUGGUCUCUCUCUAUUUCGCAGAAUGUUUGAACAGAGAAUUGAGAUGGACCGGCGUAGCUUUGUUUUUGCGCUCAAGGCAUGUGAAUUAUCUCGCAGGGUAGAAGUAGGUGAAUUGAUUCAUUCUUUGAGUUGGAAGAUGGGUUUUGACUCUGAUUCACUUGUACAAAAUGCGUUGAUUCAUUUUUAUUCUCGCAGCGACUGUUUAUUUAAUGCAGUUAAGGUGUUUGACGAAAGUCCUGAGAGAGAUGUUGUUUCUUGGACAACAAUGAUCGAUGCGUAUUCGCAGAAUCACUUGCCUGAUGAAGCUUUGAAUUUGUUUAAUCUGAUGUUAUCAAGUGGAAUAGAACCAAACUACAUUACAAUGAUCACAGUUCUUUCUGCUUGUUCUCAAAAGAAGGAUUUAACUAUUGCAAAAUCUAUUCAUGAAUAUAUGAAAUCAACAAAUGUGAAACAAACGCUGAAUUUGACGAACGCCUUGUUGGAUAUGUAUGUAAAAUGCGGUUGCUUGUUAACUGCAGAAGAGAUUUUCAGAAAGAUGGAAGUCAAGGAUGUAUUCUCAUGGACCAGCAUGAUCAAUGGUUAUUCCAUAAACAACGAUCUGAAGCUCGCAAGAGAAUGUUUCGAUCAAAUGCCUUAUAGAAAUAUCGUAUCUUGGAACGCUAUGAUUGCAGGAUACUCUCAAAACAACCAACCGAAGAACGCUGUCUUGCUUUUCCAUGAAAUGACGAAAGCAGGUUUCAUCCCUAUCGAGAACACCUUGGUCUGCGUUCUUUCUGCUUGUGCUCAAUUGGGUUUCAUGGAAGAGGGUCGAAAGAUUAAGUCUUUCUACAUUGACAAUAACAAGAUUCGUCUCAGUUUGAUCUUAGCAAACGCGUUCAUAGACAUGUAUGCUAAAUGUGGUGAUAUUCAAGGGGCUGAAGAGAUCUUUCAUGGAAUGAAAGAAAGAGAUUUAAUAACUUGGAAUUCGAUGAUCAUGGCUUAUGCCUCUCAUGGGUAUGCCGAGAAAGCUCUCAUAAUUUUCAACUCAAUGCAAAAUGUCGGUUUUAACCCUGAUGACAUAACAUUCAUCGCGGUUCUAUCUGCCUGCAGUCAUGGUGGGUUAGCCGCGAAAGGUAAGCAAUAUUUUGAAACUAUGGAAUUACAUUUCGGUUUGACUCCAAAAAUGGAGCAUUAUGCAUGCAUGGUUGAUGUUCUUGGUAGAAACGGUCUAAUCGAAGAAGCUUAUGAAUGGAUAACGAAAAUGCCAAUGGAACCGGAUGAAGCAGCUUGGGGGGCACUUCUAAAUGCUUGUAGGAUGUUUGGGAAUCUCGAAUUUGGUCAGAUUGCUGGUAGGAAGCUCUUGAAUUUGAAUCCUAACGAUAGUGGGAUUUACAUGAAUCUUACGAGUAUUUACUCAAAGAAGGAGAAAUGGCUGGAUGUUACUAAGGUUAGAAGUAUGAUGAGAGAAAAGGGUGUUAAGAAAAUGCCUGGUUGUAGUUCAAUUGAGGUUGGUGACGCGGUUCAUGAAUUCUUAGCUGCGGAUGAAUCACAUCCUCUUACGGAAGAUAUAUAUCGAGUCUUGCGUGAUAUAGUUUCGUUUACGGAAUUGGAGAAUGAGGUUAUGCUUAGUUGAGUAUGGUAUGGCUUUCAUUUUGGUUAAUACUAUUUUUCUGUUAAAGCGGCUAGGUCAAGAAUAAAGAAGGUUAGAUGAGAAUUUUGCGAUAAUUUAGUGAUGCAAGGCAGAUUAUCCACUUGGAAUAAAAUAUAGUCUUUCAAAAUUCAUCAUACUAUUUAGUAUUUG